CGCUACACAAGCUGGUGCUGAAAGAAUUUGUGAGCCGGCGAUGGGUGAGAAAAUCUCUCCCGAGGCUGAAGAGGUGGCCGACCUGCAACUUGAUGCUGUGAUUGGCUUCAAUGGACAUGUUCCCAAUGGUCUUAAAUGUCAUCCUGACCAGGAGCAUAUGAUUUAUCCCCUGGGUUGUACAAUACUCAUUCAGGCGAUAAACACUCAAGAGCAGAAUUUCCUACAUGGUCAUAGUAACAACGUCUCCUGUUUGACCAUCUCUAAGAAUGGAGAUUACAUUGCCUCUGGACAAGUCACAUUCAUGGGGUUCAAGGCAGACAUUAUUUUGUGGGAUUAUAAGAAAAGGGAGCUGAUUGCUCGACUGUCACUUCACAAGGGCAAAAUUGAAGCUCUGGCCUUUUCACCAAACGAUUUGUACUUGGUAUCACUUGGAGGCCCAGAUGAUGGAAGCGUGGUUGUAUGGAACAUAGCCAAGCGAGAUGCUAUCUGUGGCAGCCCUGCCGCCGGCCUCAGUGUCGGAAAUGCCACCACUGUGGUCUUCUCGAGGUGCCGGGAUGAGAUGUUUGUCACUGCUGGAAAUGGGACAAUUCGAGUAUGGGAACUGGAUCUCCCAAAUAGAAAGAUCUGGCCAACUGAGUGCCAAAUGGGACAGAUGAAAAGAAUAGUCAUGAGUAUCGCAAUGGCUGAUGAUGACAGUUUUUUCUACCUUGGCACCACAACUGGAGAUAUUCUAAAAAUGAACCCCAGGACAAAGCUGCUGGCAGACACCGGGCCUGUGAAAGACAAGUACAGUUUGGGAGUGUCGGCCAUCAGAUGCCUGAAGAUGGGGGGUUUGUUGGUGGGCUCUGGAGCUGGAUUGCUGGUCUUUUGUAAAAGCUCCAGCUACAAACCUGCCAAGAAAAUUCAGUUACAAGGUGGCAUCACUUCUAUCACACUUCGAGGAGAAGGACACCAAUUUUUCGUAGGAACAGAAGAAUCACAUAUUUAUCGCAUCAGCUUCACAGAUUUCAAAGAGACCCUCAUAGCGACUUGUCACUUUGAAGCUGUCCAGGACAUUGUCUUUCCAUUCGGUACUGCUGAACUAUUUGCUACCUGUGCCAAGAAAGACAUUAGGGUGUGGCACACGAUGUCCAACAGGGAGCUGCUGCGGAUCACUGUGCCCAACAUGACCUGCCAUGCCAUUGAUUUCAUGAGGGACGGCAAGAGCAUCAUUUCAGCGUGGAACGAUGGCAGAAUCCGGGCCUUCGCCCCUGAGACGGGCAGACUGAUAUACGUCAUUAACAGCGCUCACAGGAUCGGAGUGACUGCCAUCGCCACCACCAGUGACUGUAAAAGGGUCAUCAGCGGCGGUGGGGAAGGGGAGGUGAGAGUGUGGCAGAUAGGCUGCCAGACCCAGAAGCUGGAGGAGGCCCUGAAGGAGCACAAAUCCUCUGUGUCCUGCAUUCGGGUGAAGAAGAACAACGAAGAAUGUGUCACAGCCAGCACGGAUGGCACUUGCAUCAUUUGGGACCUCCUGCGUCUUAAGAGGAAUCAAAUGAUCCUGGCCAAUACCUUAUUCCAGUGUGUUUGCUAUCAUCCCGAAGAGUUCCAGAUCAUCACUAGUGGGACAGACAGAAAGAUUGCUUACUGGGAAGUAUUUGACGGGUCAGUCAUCCGAGAGUUGGAAGGUGCCUCGUCUGGGUCAAUAAACGGUAUGGAUAUCACACAGGAGGGAGCACACUUUGUCACAGGUGGAAACGACCAUCUGGUCAAAGUUUGGGAUUACAAUGAGGGUGAAGUGACUCACGUUGGGAAGGGACACAGCGGUAACAUCACCCGUGUCCGAAUAAGUCCCGGAAAUAAAUACAUUGUCAGCGUAAGUGCCGAUGGGGCCAUUCUGCGAUGGAAGUACCCCUACGCUUCUUGAAGCCACCAGAACCUCACCAGCCUCUGCCCUAUGUGCAGUCCUGAAGGCUGAGUAUGGAUAUUCCAACACUAGUCUUGAUUUCUCACCUCUCAGGUUUUAUUCUUUAGUCAAAACAUUUUAUCUCCUUUCUAGAAUGCAUCUUGCCAUUCUUAAAUCAUACCUUAAAUUUGAAAUGUUCAAAAAUAAUUUGCCCAGACUGUAAUUUUAAAUUUUUUAUUAUGAAUAAAUUCCUAGUUGUUGGCUUCCUGUUAACAUUUCUGUGAUUUUGCAGAACCCACAGACUUUCUGUAUAAGUCCACAGAUAUAGCAUUGUUAUUCUCCAAAAAUGAAGUGAAGUGAAUUUCCCUUCUGAAUUAUCUUUUACCUGGUCAAGCUGUAUGGACCAAGACAGGUUUGAACCCAGAUCUCAGGCAAGCUUCUAAAAAACUCUCAGCUCUAGUUUACGUUUUUUGUCAAGUGAGAAUAACUUCAUCUCAGAAGAUUGCUGCAAGUU